AUGAAUAGAAAAGGAAGGAAGAGAGCCGAUCUAUACGAAAAGCUGUAUAAAAAUAUAAGAAGAAACGUAAAAGCAUAUUACAAAAAGGAAACGGUGGAUCUGAUAAAGCUAAGGUACUCUGACAUGUGGACAGAGAAGAGAAGCAAUAAGGAUAAAGAGAUAGUGGUGGGAGAAACACCCACAGAUGUAGGAAAAGAAGUGUAUUACAUUGCAACAGACAAUAAAUAG